GUAGUUUUUUGCAGCCUAUGGUUGGGAGCCCUUUGGGAUCAAACGCAUCCAGACUCGGUGAUCAGGGCUGAAUUUGCUGCCAGGCUGGAGUUGGAAAGGUGAAGGAUAAACCUGGCCGCUAUCCCAGCAGCACAGGAAUCAGAAUCAUAGAAUGGUUUCAUUUGGAAGGGAUCUCAAAGCCCAUCCAGUUCCACCCCCUGCCAUGGGCAGGGACACCUCCCACUGGAUCAAGUUGCCCAAAACCUCAUCCAACCUGGCCCUGAACACCUCCAGGGAUGGGGCAGUCAUGCCUUCUCUGGGCAGCGCGGGCCAGGGCCUCGCCAGCCUCACAGGAAAACAUCUCUUCCUAAGAGCUCAUCUCAAUCUCCUCUCUUUCAGCUUAAAACCGUUCCCCCUCAUCCUACCCCUGCUCUCCCUCAUCAAGAGCCACUUUCCAGCUUUCCCGGGGCCCCUUCAGGUACUGGAAGCUGCUCUAAGGUCUCCCCAGAGCCUUCUCUAGGCUAAGCAAGCCCAACUCUCUCGUCCUGUCCUCACAGCAGAGGUGCUCCAGCCCUCAGACCAUCUCCGUGGCCUCCUCUGUACUCGCUCAAACAGCUCCAUGUCCUCCGUGCGCUGAGGAUUCCAGAACUGGAUGCAGGGUUCCAGGUGGGACCUCACCAGAGCAGAGGGACAGAAUCCCCUCCCUCACCCUGCUGGCUGCGCUGCUUCGGAUCCAUUUUCCUCUCCUUUGCCUAUCCCUGGGUUGAGGACAAGGAGCUGGGAGCCCCACGGCCUGGAUAAACCCGGCAACCAGGACUCGAGCCUUCCUCCUUCUGGCAUUGCGAGGCAACAGAUAGGAUAAAGGUGGGAUAAAGAAGGGCUGAGGGGACACCAUGGAUAUCACCUACACAUACACACGCAAACGCAGCGAGUUCGGCCGUCCCUGCAACUUCUCCGAUCGUCCGGGCACCGUCGACGUGGACAUCCAGCCAGACCCCAGCUUGGCCAGAGCCUUCGUGCCCAGGAACCCUGUGGAUGUAGGGGUUCAGCACAGCUGCGAAAUGUCGGAGCAUGAGGUCAACACAGAGCCGGUGGAGGUGGUGUCCCGUGGCAUGAACCAUGUGGAAGGCGGCUGGCCCAAAGACAUCGACCCACAGUCGGUGGAGAAAACCACCCGCUACCGCAAGAAAGUGCAGAAAGAUGAGAACUACAUCACGACCGUCACCCGCCUGGGUGCUCUCAUGGAGCACUAUAUCAAGCAGAACAAUGCCAUCGACAUCUACGAGGAGUACUUUGCAGACGACGACGAUGUGACAGAGCUGCAAGGGGAGCCCCCCGCCGCCAAAACCAUCAAUAUCAUCAGGGAUCCAAAUGCCACCAAGAGGACGGCCACGUGUCUCUCCUGGCAUCCCAACACACACCAGAAACUGGCAGUGGCUUAUUCCAGCCUGGAGUUCCAGCGAAAAGUGAAAGACAUGAGCUUUGACUCAUACAUCUGGGAUCUCGAAAACUCAAAGGAGCCAGAGAUGGUUCUCAAGCCGCCAUCCCCUCUGGUGACCCUGAAAUACAACCCCAAGGACUCGCACCUCUUGCUGGGAGGAUCCUACAGUGGGCUGAUGGGAUACUGGGACACCCGGAAAGGGAGUCUGCCAGUGGAGAUUUCCACCAUAGAGCUUGGCCACAGAGAGCCUGUGUAUGGAGCCUUCUGGCUGGAGUCCAAAACGGGCACCGAGUGUUUCUCAGCUUCCACCGACGGGCAGGUCCUGUGGUGGGACAUCCGCAAGCUGUCUGAGCCCACUGAGAGCCUGAUCUUGGAUAUCACGCGGGAAGGGCUCAAAGACAAGGCUCUGGGUGCCAUCUCAUUGGAAUUUGAGCCCACCAUGCCCAACGAGUUCCUGGUGGGCACAGAGCAAGGCACCAUCAUCUCCUGCAACCGCAAGGCCAAAACCCCCGCCGACAAAAUCAGCAGCACCUUCAGCGGCCACUACGGACCUGUCUACGCAGUGGCCAGGAACCCUUUCCACCCCAGAAUCUUCCUCUCAGUUGGUGACAGGUCUGCUCAGAUCUGGUCGGAUGAGAUCCACGAAUCGUCAAUUCUUGGGACCAAGUACCACCACACCUACUUGAUGGACGGAUGCUGGAGCACGGUGAGACCAACCGUCUUCUUCACAGCUAAAUGGGACGGGACCCUCGACAUCUGGGACUUCCUCUACAAUCAGAAAGAUCCCUCCCUCAGCGUAAAGGUCUGCGACGAGCCCCUCUUCAGCCUGCGCCUGCAGGACAACAGCUCCAUCAUUGCCUGUGGCUCCAAGCUGGGCACCAUCACCCUGCUGCAAACCUCUGGGUUCAGCACACUCCAGAGGAGCGAGAAGGAACAGAGCAGCGAAAUGUUCGAGCGGGAGGUGAGGCGGGAGAAGGUCCUGGCACUUCGGCUCCGGGAGAUGUUGCUGAAGGAGAGCACCAAGUCAGAGCACCAGGAGGUAAAGGUGGAGGAGAAUCCCCAGGAGGUGUUUGAGAGCGUCCGCAAGGAGUUCUUUGAGAUCAUCGAGCAAGAGAAGCAAAGGAGGGCGCAGGCAGAGGCUCAGCACCCCUGUGGCCAGGUCAAAGACCAUGUGGGAGAGGAGGCGGCUGCGAAGGGGGAGGAGAGCCAGCUGCCCAAGGACCAGGAGUAGAAGAAUGCUGCCAAGGUCCGUGCGUUCCAGCUUCACGUUCCUUUCCCCCUCCUUGUUAGGGCUGCUGCCCUGUGGGUUCUGUGGGGACGAGUCUGCUGGCCCCGAGCUGGGCUGAGCUCGUGGCACCUCUGCCUCCAUGGGGUGGUGAGCAGAGCUCCUGCCCCUCUGCCAGUUCUGCUCACAGAAGCCGUAGCUGAGACAGGAGCUGUGGGUGGCACAGGACCCCUCACAUUGGUGAGGGAUGUUCCUUGGCCUUUUGCUCUCUUGGUUUGUUUGUUGUCAUCGUUGUUUUGGUUGAAUAAACAGGAGCUUUCCAUGUUA